AUGAAAAAUAUAAUGUCUUUCAAUUUGGACACAAAUAACAACGAGAAGACAAUCCCGCAUAUCAUCAUAAGAGGUGAUCCAUACACUCGUGGACUCAGUUAUGGACAACAGUUGAAGGAGAAGAUCGUGAAGAAUAUAAUCUAUUAUAAAGAACUCUACCAUCUUCUCGAUUGGACACAAGUGGAAGAGUUUAUGAAUAAAAACUAUGUAAAAGCUCUGAACAAAUACUUCCCGUCGGGUCUCCAAGAGAUGAGAGGUAUAGCAACCGGCGCUGACGUCUCACUCGAGGAUAUCAUAGCAUUGAACGCCAGGUAUGAGUUAAUGAAGUGGAAUCGACAGCUCAUUAAGAAAAACAGAGAGCAGUUGACAAAUGUUUCAAAGGAUAAACUGAUAGAUUUGCCUCCAGCGCCACACGAGUGCACUUCAGCCGUAUGUCUAUCAAAGGCCACACAAUCGGGUGAUGUCCUUAUGGGACAGAAUUGGGAUCAAAACAAGCGUAUGUUAGCCGACGAUAUGCUGCUUCUGCUGGAAGUAUAUCCCGAUUCUUCCGAGAAUAAGGUGCCGCUCAUUAUGCUUACAGAAGUGGGACAAUUGGGCCGCAGCGGCAUCACUGGAAUGAGUAUUUUCUCCAGCGAUGAUGUGUUUGGCGAAGACAGCGGAUCCGGUUAUAUACCAAUUAGUCUAUUUAGACGUAUGUUUCUGGAGGCGCCCACAUUCCCGGUGGCAAUCCUGCGACUAUUGGUCGCCCCCAGACAUGUGUCCGUCAAUAUGACUGUGGCGUCGGCUGAGGGCGAGGCCUUCAACAUAGAGAUGACACCCAAACACUACUUCGUCUCUUACCCUCCCUUCGAUACCGAUAUCAUAACUCAUAGCAAUCUUUUCAAAUCCGUUGCAUUCUUUGCCAACGGAUCCGUCAAAGACACGUAUAACUGCAGCUCAUCGCUAAUCCGCGACCGACAGAUGCAAAGAGAAUUACUCAAGAGAUUGGGAACUAUUGAUGAGAAGAGUUUUACCGAUUGUUUUAAAAAUCAUUUGGGAUUUCCGGACUCACUGUGCGCUCACAUACCAGAGAAGGGGAGGGAAGACAUGCACAAGAAUCUAAGUUUCAUCAAGAUCGGAUCAAUAGUUUAUGAACAGGAUUUUUUCAAAAGUUAA